AUGCCCGUGGUUCGAAUAACCCCACCCACCCAGACUGUUCUGAAUGGGACUAUUUCAGAACUAGUGUGCGACACCACAGCUGGUACACCACCAUUCCUCUUCUCAUGGUUCUUGUCCUCAACCGAGAUCACGGUGGGCGUCACGAGCAACGCUACGACGUCCACACUGCUGGUUGAUACGGCCGUGAUGCAGACUAGGUCCCGUUCCUACACAUGUAGGGUGACGCUGGAUCAACCACUCCCGGCCAAUCAGCUUUCUGGAACGGACGUCGGCACUCUGCUGACGGACUUCCCACCCGUGGUCUCGGUCAAUGACGUCACUGGAGUCGCCGGUGAACGGAUUGAAAUCGUGUGUCGCAUCCGCAGCGAUCCACCACCGGCGUCGAAUCAAGUCGUUGUGGUACUGAGCAGUGGUAUGGUCGUGGGACCUUUUUCGAUUUCCGUUGUCAGUGGGGCGCCACCGACUACUACCUUUCGUUUCCAGAUCCAGACGGCCGACCCAGCCCUUCAUGCAGGCCCGGCAGUCUGCCGCACCAGAGUAACUCUUGACAGCAGAACAGUAGAGGUUAACGGUUCCUUCAACAUCGCUGUUGAUGUUCUGUUACUGGAUGGAAGUGGCACGGUGUUCCGAACAAUGUACCGCGAGAACCAGCUUGCUCCCACCAUUCUCUCACUGCAGCAUUCAGCCUCUCUGGUUGGAGAGUCAGCCGCCUGCCAGGCGUCCAUAGAGCUAACAGCGUCUUCUGGUACCUUGGAUGAUGUGGCAUUCGAAAAGAUCUUCCCCACCAAGGCGGUGAUGUCACCUAAUAUUAUGAAGACAUUCUUACCGAGACAAUUGGUGUACACGUCAACAGAUGGUAUGCCAAUCUCGACCGAGGAUAUCUUGACCAUUGUCCAAAACACGGAGUACGCGAACACUCGCGAGGAAAUAUCCAUGGCCGACCGCGUGGUACUUUGGGAACUUCGAGACUGCGAGAACAACGUCAUAGCGACAGCAGAAACAUUCAUUGAAAUCGAACGUGUCAACGACAACCCACCUGUGGUGAUAUUCAACAUUUCUCCAGGCAUCGUGUGACGAGCAGAAUAUUAGCUAAUGCCAAUGAUGUAAAAUUCAAGAAUUCGUAAUAUUUGUGGGCCGUGCUAACCGGCAUCCACCUCUCUGCAGCAUUUUACCUCGCUAUUUUUGUUACUAUUUAUAUGCAAUGGACAUAGUUAAAUCGCUACUCGUGGAGUUCGUAAGCAGAUACUUCGAAGUAGAUUCUUUUUUUAUUCUUUCAAUAGCUAUCUUUCUCUAAUUUUCGCUUCCAGUCUCUCUCUCCCUCUCUCUCUCUCUCUCUCUCUCGCUCGCUCGCUCGCUCCCACUUCUGUCUCUCCUUUGCUCUCACCUCUCUCUCUCUCCCUCACUUUCUCCCCCUUUUUUCUCUCUCACUCUCUUUCACUCUCUCUCUCUCUCUCACUUUCUUUCCUAGAACCUCUUUCUUUCCUAUUCCCAUCUGACACUAGUUUCUCCUAGUCUAGUGCUGUCCACACUCGGCAUCUCUUCUCGAACCAAACAAUUCGAACCCUUCAACUAUCUGGAUUUUCCUACUCCCAGGUCGCUUAUGCAGGUUUACAUUGCAGCUUGUUUGACGUGAUCUUGAAGUAAUCACAAGUGUUUAAUUUUGUACACUCCUCUCUUAAACCAGCACUCCCAAAGUUUUGGGAACUAUUUUGACGACUGUCCUCCGAGGACAAUAAUUA